AUGGAGCCUCCACCAAGCCCGCUCUAUCUCAACGCGAACGCGAAAGGGAAAAACAAACGAGCAGUCGAAGAUGGUUCUCCAACUACUGCCAAGCUUCAGGAUUCCUCCACAACCGAGAGUAAUGCGCCUACCGUCGUCCGCCGCCGCCAACACCGCCGUCACAAUAUCGCCGCCGAGAUAUGGGGCCCAGACAUACCCUCCACGCCCAUACCCCAAACUUUCACCGGUGGACCUGCCCCGAAGCAGCUUUUCAGUGUCUACAAGGCCAUAAUCCGCCACCCGAACCUCUUCUUCCAAUUCGCGCUCCGCCUACCUUACCCGUCCAUCGUCGACCUCUACGCCAUCGACAAGGAAUUCCACUACCGCCUGAAUCUAUACAGCGUCUCCCUAAUACACGACUACGCCCGCUAUCAUGCGCCACUCGCCGGUCACAUCUUCAGCUGGGUACUGUACCCUCGUACAUGCAUUUCCGAUCCCAUGCUCCGACCCAUGGACGGCCGCGAGUGGCUAGCGCGCGACGUACCAGGCUUUCGCUGGGUUGGCAUGAUAGUCUACCGCCAGAAGGUCGUACGAAGCAUCCUUACAUACAUGGCUCUGGAAGGCCAUCGCGUACCGGAGGCCUGCGAGGGCGCGCUGAUGAAGUACUGGUGCGUCAUGGAGCUCAAGGAAUCAAGGACGCGUCGCUCUUUCCUCGAAGAUGCCGAUAUCUGGACCGACGCCGAUCUCAUCAACAUCCAGCUCUUCUUCAUGAAGCUCGACAUGCGCUUCUCCGAUCCCAUACUGGGCAACGGCGUCUGUCAGCUGGGUCCCAUGUUGCUCGCCCAGAAGAGCUUGACUCCGCUGUGGGAAGCGCUCAGUGGCAAAAUGAAGUUCAACUACGAUACCACCAGUGCGAUGGUCGUUGCGACAUACCUUAUGGAUGAUCUGGACUUCGAAGCCCAUCCCUGGCUCGAAGACGUAGAAGACCAUAGCGUAUUGGAAGACCAGUGGGGUCUACUGAGCCUUGAGGGCUGGAACGAAGACGGAAAGAGGAUGCCGCAUGCUUUGGAUCUGGUCAUCACUGAGAGUAUCAGGAGGGGCCUGGAUGUGCAGCAGUACUAUCUUGACUUUGUCAUGUAUGGGUAUGGGGAUAGCAAGACUGGUGAGAAUAUCCCGGUGCCGGUGCAGUUGAGGGGAGACAAGAAGGUUAGGGUGCCAAGUCAAGGUUGGCCUUCGAAGGAGAUGAGGCAGAGCACGAUCAGGAAGCUGGAUGCGCGCUUUGGGUUCAAGAAGCGACCUGCUGGGGAUGCGAUGGAUCUGAGCGCCUGA